CACACUAGGCACACAAAGCAAAUCACAGCGUUCGCCGCCGACCACGACGGCAGCCAAGUCAUUUGAGCAGCUUGCCAUGGCAGCAGCGUCCGCCGCCGCGCCGCUCCCGCUCGACGGCCGCGUCGCACUCGUCACGGGCGGCUCCAGGGGCAUCGGCCGCGAGGUGUCGUCCCACCUCGCCGCGCUCGGCGCGCGCGUCGUGGUCAACUACGCCGCCAACCCGGCCAAGGCCGACGAGCUCGUCGCGGAGCUCGCCUCGCGGGGCCUCCGCGCCGUGGCCGUCCGCGCGGACGUCUCCGACCCGGACGCCGUGCGCGCGCUCUUCGACCGCGCCGAGGAGGCGUUCGGGUCCCCGCCCCACGUCGUGGUGGCCUGCGCGGGCAUCCUGGACCCCAAGUACCCGGCGCUGGCCGACACCGCCGUCGAGGACUUCGACGCCACGUUCGCGGUGAACACGCGCGGCAAGUUCCUGGUGUGCCGGGAGGCCGCCCGGCGCAUCCCGCCCCACAGCGGCGGGCGCAUCGUGGCGUUCUCGUCCACGACGGUCGCCGCGCUCCCGCCGGGGUACGGGGCGUACGUGGCCAGCAACGCCGCCGUGGAGGCCAUGACGAGGAUCCUGGCAAAGGAGGUGGCGGCCAAGGGGAUCACGGCCAACGUGGUGGCGCCGGGGCCCGUGCGCACGGAGCUGUUCCUGGCGGGCAAGGACGAGGCCUUCAUAGAGAGGGUGGCGAAGAGUUCCAUGGGGCGCAUCGCCGAGACGACGGACAUCGCGCCCGUGGUGGCGUUCCUGGCGAGCGAUGCCUCGUCCUGGGUGAACGGCCAGGUAAUCAGGGUCAACGGCGGCGUCGCGUGAGCGCCAGCUGCCAGGCGUUCAACAGUGAUGUGUUGUGUUUGGGAUGUGGCAAAGAGUUCCCUAGGAUCCUGGCUUGUUCACUGUAUGAGCUGAAAGAGACCAUUUGUAAUGUGGCACUGUAUUUUUUUUGGGUCUUAGGAACAUCUAUCCUGUGAGUAACAAAGUUUUUCAUGUCAAGCUC